AUGGAGAAUAAAAACAAGGGUAAAUUAAAUCUUAAAAAAGAUAAAUCAUUUGAUAAAACCAAAAAGAGCAAGAUGGUAGUAAAGUCCCCUCAAAAUAGUAAAAUAUGUAAAGAAAGAGGAAAUUGGAAUGGAGACAAAAUUGACAGUCCGUACAAUUUAAUCGAUGAGACAAAUGAAAAAUUAAACCAAGGUAUAAGUGAAAAUUUAUUCGAAAAUAUAUUCGAGGAAGAACUUAACAAAAAUGUAAGUUACGAAUUAGACAAUGAUAUGUUUGAAAGUGAAUUAAAUGAAAAUGCAGAGAGCGAAGUGAGCAAAACGAGUGAAGACUUAGGCAAAGAAGUGGGUGAUCUAGCUAGUAAUUUUAUAUUAAAAAAGAAAAUAUAUCAAAAGGAUAUUGCACAAAUAGAAAUGAAAAUACAAACAAGUAAAUUAAACAAACUUAUGAAAACAAGGGAGGUAAUUUUAGAGAUGCUCACAAUAAUUAAAAACAGAAAAUUAAAUGUUAACAAAUUUUUCUGA